CAUGCCUUAUGAGUGUAUAAACUCCGGUCACGGUGAGCGCCUGGCAUCGACUUGAAAGGUCGCAUCGCGAAAUUAGUUCUUGAAACCCGCCUACCAACCACCUGACACCAUACGAAUUGACCCUCCCAUUUCAUGGAUAGCGCGGGCUGGCAUGCUCAACGCAGAGCCCGUAAGGAUGCGCAUUAUUUCUCCGAAGUCCAGAGAGGGCCAGACGGGAUAUAUGUGCCUGUAGAAGAGAUUGACCCACUUCCUGAUGAGAGUUGGCUCGCUCAGAGUCAGGCUGGCUUUCGCGUACCACCCCCGACUUCUGGUACUCUGACGCCUCGCAUGACGGAACCUGCGUCUGAUGAUACCCCUAGUGACUUUACAUCUCAAAUUUCUGGGACAUUGAACCUCGAAACUUCUUGUGACGCUGGCGCCUUUGGCGUGGUGCAUCGGCGUACCAUCCAGUCCAGCAAAGGCACGAUGGAGGUCGCAGUGAAGGUGUUCAAGAUCGAUGCCGGAAAAGAAAUGGAAAGAAUUAACAAAGGAAUACAUCGAGAAACCAAGGUGUGGCUUCGACUGAAACACGCGACCAUCGUGCCACUACUCGGCACUGCAAACGUUGACUCUCCAUUUCCGGCUCUCGUUUCACAAUGGAUGCCAUUUGGGACAUUAUAUGUCUACCUCGAGAAAGCUACAACCCUUACCGUUUCCGUUAGAGAUGGCUUGGCCAAGGGUGUCGCUGAAGGUCUGAAAUAUCGUUCGUUGAUUCCCAUCAUCUCGUUAUUUUGAUUCUUGAUUCCUGUCCUGGCAGUUCACUCAGAGAAUGUCGUUCAUGGUGACCUUCAUCCUGCGAAUGUGCUCAUAGAUGGUUCGGGGAGUCCGCGUCUCACUGAUUUUGGUCUCGCGGCAGUCCCAGGAGACGCAGACCUGCAAUUGUCCACGAUGACUGCGACCCGCACUUUAGAU